AUGGACGGAGACUUCCUCAACAGUCAACUUGGCAACGAACAUGCCAAUGGGCAUGCGGAAUCUAAUACUCACAACGUUGACAUUGUUAUAGUCGGUGCUGGCGUUUCCGGAAUCACUGCCGCGUAUCACGUACAACACUCCUUGCCCCAUGUGACCUACACUAUCCUCGAAGGCCGCCACGAGAUCGGCGGAACAUGGUCUCUUUUCAAGUACCCCGGCAUCCGCUCGGACUCAGAUCUCCAUACAUACGGGUUCCCCUUUAAUCCGUGGGAUAAGCCCAAUCCAAUUGCGACAGGCGAGAGCAUCACCAAGUACAUGCGGUCAACCACACGCAAGUUCGGUAUCGACAAAAACAUCUCGUUCCAACAUAAAGUCACGGCCGCAGACUGGCGGUCAGAUGAGCAACGAUGGAGGCUGGAGAUCGACAAUGAGGGCCGGAGAAAGGUGUAUUGGGCGAAGUUCGUCAUCAUGGGGACGGGAUAUUACAACUAUGAGAAACCACUUAAUGCAGAUAUUCAAGGCUUGGAGCGCUUUCAAGGAUCUAGAGUGCAUCCCCAAUUCUGGCCCGAGGAUCUUGAUUACAAGGGGCGGAAAAUGGUGAUCAUCGGCAGUGGUGCAACCGCCAUCACGAUACUCCCGGCUGUCGUGGAAAAUGGUGUCGGUUCAGUGACGCAACUUCAGAGAAGCCCUGGAUACAUUUUCAAUAUGCCCCAGCAAAAACCUGAAGAUCCUCUUCCGUACUACCAACGGGUACUCCCGCGAUGGAUGGUACUCAAAUGGCUCCGUUUCGAAUUCGUCCUCGUACCGUACAUUCUCUACCUACUAUGCCAGACAUUCCCGAACUUCAUGCGCUGGUUUAUACGUAGCGAGGCAAAGAAGGCCUUACCUAAAGAUUUUCCAAUGGAUCCGAGCCUCCAGCCAAAAUACAAUCCCUGGGACCAGCGACUCUGCUUCGUACCUGACAAUGACUUCUUCAGUGCCUUCCAUACAGGCAAAGCUCGCAUAGUAACAGACACAAUCAAAACCGUCACAGAAGAUGGCAUUGAACUGAACAGCGGCGAGAAGCUAGAAGCGGAUAUCAUUGUCACAGCAACAGGCCUCAACCUGCAGGUCUGCGGUGGAAUCCCUAUUACCCUUGACGGCAAUCCCGUUCAUCUCCCGGACUGCUACACCUGGCGGGCUACAAUGCUCAGUAAUGUGCCAAAUCUCGCUCUCAUCAUUGGAUACAUCAACGCAUCAUGGACGCUUGGGGCAGACACUUCUUCUCGUCUCAUUGUUCGUCUAUACAAGUAUCUGGAGGACAGCAAGUACUCGAACGCCACUCCACAGAUCAGCGAAGAGGAGAAGAAGGAUCCGGUGCAAGUGCUCAAUCUCAAGUCGACAUAUAUCAAGGCGGGGAGUAGCAAGGUGCCGCACGCUGGGAAGACAGGGCCAUGGAAACCCCGGGAGAACUAUUUCUUCGACAGUUGGGCUGCGAACAGGGCGAAUUUGGAGGAUGGGUUGGAAUUUGGGAGAGUAGCCACAUAA